GCGGGCGAGACGAGCCUGGCUUUCCAGCUGCGCCUGGGCCUCGGGGCGCUGGCCUACCUGCUGCUGGAGGCGUUGGCGGCAGCGCUGCGGCUGGUGAGCGGAGGAGCGCAGGCGUGUCUGCCCAGGUGGCGGGCGGAGCCACCUCCGAGCUCACCGCCGCGGCUCGAGGCGCCCGAGGGGCCGGACUUCGCGAAGCUCGCGGCGGAGCAGGCCCGGGCCAGUCGGGAGCGGAGCAGGUGCACGGUGCCGGGGCCGCUGCUCUGGCACGAGAGGCCCACCAUCAGUGAGCGAGGGGCGCUCAGCUACAUCCUAACGCCCGGCUUCGAGCGCGGCGGGGCGGGCCGUCGCAUCGGGGUGCCCGCCGCCGCCG